AUGGCCGCGGACAAAAAGCCUCCGGCUCCUCCGAUUGAGCUGGCUGAAGCCGAGCUCGCGAAAACCAGCUUCGACCAUCAUGAGGCCAAUGCUGAAGCAGAUGAGGCUGACGCUGCUAUGAUGAGGAGAAUCACUUGGAAGAUUGAUCUAGGCAUGCUUCCCAUUGUGCAUCUUCUUCUACUGUCUGACUUUUCUUGA